CGAGAACAGAAUGGCAUGGAUGAUAGUCCUAAACAACGGUCGAGAAGGUAUAUGAGUUUGUUUAUUAGUAAUUUAUAGCAAACGACAGAGGAUAUUCUCUUCAAGCACACCUCUCUCUAUUACAACCAUGUCUACUUCGAUCGUAUUCGACCAUCUGUUCACAGUAGACAGCAUAGACAAGGAUGGUAAGAAAUUUGAUAGAGUCGCUAGAGUAGGCGCUAUAUCAACGACGCCAAAUUUAAACUGCAUAAUCGAUCUACCAAUUGAAAUAUUCAGUCUAUCACAGAAUGAGAAGUUUACUUUGGCGCUUUCAACUAGCUUAUCAUCCGAUAAUGGUACUUCUGGAUGGAGGCCCGGUAUGGGAAAUGAGGGUUUAGCAGCAGAUUAUGAAUACGUUUGCUUUGGAAAAGUCUACAAAUUCGACGAAGGCAAGCAAGAAAUUGCCACAGCCUACAUCUCGUUCGGUGGUCUCUUGUUAGCCAUCACUGGUCACGUCAGAUACCUCACCGAUAUCAGCGUCGGUGAGGACAUCUACCUCCUUAUCCGUAGAUAAAGAAAAACCUAAUUUAUUAACUUUCUACAAAAUCACUUCCUUCUUAAUUCACUUUCGAGCUCUUCUCUCUCGGAUGCAGCGAAAGACAACUCAAGUUCAUUCGAUUCGAGUUGUCCCUUCAUCAUUCUUGACUCUUCCUGCAUAGCCUGUAUCAUCUGCUCAUAACUGCGCUCGAGUUCUGCAAUCUUACUGUUGUGCGCUUUGUGUAAGGCCUCGGUGGAAAUGUUUCCAUUGUUGAAAACAGACUGGUCGUUCACCUGCUUCAAUUUUGCUUCCGUGGAGAGUCUACCUUCGCGCUCACUAGAGAGUGCCUUACGAAGAUCGCCUACUUCAGUCUCCGCUUGUCUCAUUCUCUUCAAUGCUGCGUCAAAGUUGUUCGUUAAUUCUUGCAUUUUGUAGUUCCUGGCAUUCAAUUCAUCGUUAAGACCAGCAGUCGCAUCUGCCAUACUCCUUUGAACAGCUUUCAUUGACUCGAGUUCAGACAUCAAGUCCAUAGUCUUUGAGCGCGAUUCUCCUAACAUACUUUCGAU